UCACAAAUCAGAGUGUCGGCGUCUGCAGCAGCUUUACAGGGCAAUAGUUCACUGUGACUCGGGGAGUUUCUCUCAGUGUGAUCGUGGCUCACCGAGUUAACGAGUUGAAAAGCACACACAUGUGAUCCAGCGAGGAGUCACCGUGUCCACGGCCGCCGCUCAGCUCCACACUGACGCAGGGAUGUGAGUGGAAACCCGCUGAAGGACACUGGACAAGUCUGUGUGUCCACUGUGAGGACGACUGCGGUCCCGCUGAACCGGGAGAACUUUUCCCUGAGGUGUUCAAGAGCAAGUGAGAGAGGCCAAAGACACGAUGUCUGUCGGAGCUGAUAGCUGACACUGUAGAAUGAGAGAGGAUGGAACAGAAAGAAAAUCCUUCCCCUGAGAGCAACAACCCUAAUGGGUUUGUCAACCGAGUGUUUAAUGUUUCUCUGGACGUGGCGAAUGAGAGCAGCAGUGUUUAUAUUCAGGACCCUGGGCCUGGGCCUGCAGAGGGGCAGGGAGGGACCGAGGCUGCCUCUUCUCAGUCCGCUGUCAUGGACAGACAGGAGGUCAACCGGAGGCCCCGGGCAUCAGGGGGCAUCUGGAAGAUCUUGAACCGAAAAAGAGCUUCAUCAGAGCUGGAGAGGCGUCCCCACUCCAUGAUCCUGCCUGGGGAAGCUUCCAUCCCUAAACUCUCAUUUGCUGACAAAGUCCGCACCUUCAAGAAACUUAAAUCCCCGUCUGUGUUUAAAGGCAGGACAGGAAAGUUGUCCACAGUAAAGUUCAGCAACUCGCUGGUGGAUGAGGACUCUUUCUGUCGUGACAUUGGAACUCCACAGCAGCCCAGCAGGGGCACACUUCGACACCGUGGCAAGAGACAUUCGUAUGCUGGCUAUACAGCAGAGUUUGACUGCUCCUUCGAAGAUAUUGACCUCUCAGCGCCUAUUGAUGGCAAUCAGCAAACUGUACCAGGAGAAGUUGUGGUUCAGAAUGGUUGUAAACCAUCUGAAAGAGUUUCCUAUACUAAAAGAAGCCACAAUAAUUCAACCAACUGUAACAAAACCGCAGGAGGCUGUGAAGAGCCCAGCAUUAAAGGUAGCCCGCAUACGCAGCAGGGGAGAGGAAGACGGCAGAAAGAUGUUUGGAGUUACCUGAGGAGGAUUUCUCUUUUGGGGAAAGCCAAUCCUGUUUACUCAGAGAGGAGCUUUGACUCUGAGCUCCCCUCUCUGGACAAAACCAUCGACUCAGACUAUGGAUCUGUAGACUUCGAGAGUGUCAGAGACUUUCAACCUCCGCCCCCAAAACACACUGAUGCCAAGGGGCACUUUGGUGGUCUGUUCAAGUUUUUCAACAAUGUAGCAGAGACAGCCAGAAAAUGGCGGACAACAUCCCGUUCUUUCUCUCCUCCAGAGGAAGAGAUGACUCCAGUGAACUCCCCACGGGCUCCACAGCGCACAGUGGACAACAUUCACAGUCUGUCCCUGACACUUCACAAUGAAGGACUUCAAGUAACCCAGCCUAGCCCAUCAUCACCGGUGAACACUAACUCCUCACACUCCAAUAGCUUAGACAGUGAUGCUACAGUGCCUGCGACAGGUGGGCGAUCCCCUAAAGUGGUCCUGAGAGGCUUUAGGACCUGCCCCAAAUCUCAAGCUGUCAAUGGCAUCCAGGGCUCUGAUGGUAUAGGCAAACAUAUAGACAAAGAGACAAACCACACGUCCACAGCCAUAGUAGAGAAUCAUAUCCACCAGUCAGGGUCAAACACAGAACCUCAAAAAGAAGCUGAGGUUGAAGGGGAUCCAUUACACUGUCUCUGUCAAGAGGAAAAGGUAGAGGGACAGACAGGAAAUGAGCAGGAUUCCAAGGAUGCUCCACCUGACUCCCACCACAUACAGGAAGUGAAUGCCCAAUCACAACAAGGUGAUAAAGAGAGCACAACCAAUAGCGUACUAGCAUCAGAUUCCACCGAGGAAAUAUUUAAGCUGUGUGAGCAGAUUGCCAGCCAGACCGGCUGCAGUGUAAGACAGCAAGGCUCAGCCUUGCCCCACUCGAGCACAGAGAGGACGUCUGUACAUCACAGGCCCCUGCGCCCUCGCCCUCGCCCGGCUUCACUUGUCCUGGACCAGUGGAGACCCAACCCAGACCGAGAUCUCUACAACCACUACAGUGAGGUUGGCUCACUGUGUCGGCGGAGACGCAGGCCUGCUUCCACCAUGCAACAUUCUCUCGGGCACAGAUGGAUGGCUGCUUGCUCCAGGCCGUGCUCUGUCAUAGAGACCAGUGUUACUAGGGAGACGCAAUCCGUGGAGAUGGACCACAGAGCCUUGUCCCGUCCCCCGGGUGUGUCACCAUUAGAGCCCCCACUUAGGGCAUCUCUCCAGCGAUGCAGCUCUCUGCCGCUUUCCCCCAGUACUCUCACCGCCUUGGCACUGCUCCUGCCUCAGUCAGUAGACAUGGGUCAGUCAGCAUCGUCGGUGCGACUGCGAUCUGGAGGCGCAGGUAGCUGCAGGAGGAGGAGGCUGCUGAGACCUGGUUCGGAACCACUGCAGGUCAACAUUUUGAUAAGUGGAGGUUCAAUCGUCAAUGCUGAGGCGGUAUGGGACCAUGUGACCAUGGCGGACCGGGAGUUGGCAUUUAAGGCCGGUGAUGUCAUCAAGGUGCUGGAUGCCUCCAACAAGGACUGGUGGUGGGGCCAGAUUGACGAGGAGGAAGGAUGGUUCCCUGCCAGCUUUGUACGGGUGGAACCCCACCCUCCUCAGCCCCAAACAAAACAGGUUUUCUAUAUCAACCCCAUAGCAACUCCACGGUUCCAAAACACCACGUCAAAGCUGUGGGUGAACCAAGAGGAUGGGGGAGCAGAACCAGCUGAGGGGACAAGUGAGGUGCAGAAUGGUCACCUGGACCCAACCAAUGACUGCCUGUGUCUCGGCUCGCCCCUCCAGAACCGAGACCAGAUGAGAGCUAACGUCAUCAAUGAGAUCAUGAGCACAGAGAGGCACUAUAUCAAACACCUCAAGGACAUCUGUGAGGGCUAUCUGCGCCAGUGCAGGAAGCGCGUGGACAUGUUCAAUGACGACCAGCUCAAGGUCAUCUUUGGGAACAUCGAGGACAUUUACCGCUUCCAGAUGGGUUUUGUUAGAGACUUGGAGAAACAGUACAACACAGAGGAACCGCACCUCUCUGAGAUCGGACCAUGCUUUCUAGAACAUCAAGAUGGUUUUUGGAUCUACUCAGAAUACUGUAACAACCAUUUGGACGCCUGUAUGGAGCUGAGUAAACUGAUGAGGGAUGGCAGGUACCAGCACUUUUUCGAGGCCUGUCGCCUCCUCCAGCAGAUGAUUGACAUUGCCAUUGAUGGUUUCUUGCUCACACCGGUCCAGAAAAUCUGCAAAUAUCCGCUCCAGUUGGCUGAGCUUCUCAAAUAUACUGCCCAGGAGCACAGUGACUAUCGAUAUGUGGCAGCUGCCCUGGCAGUAAUGCGGAACGUCACCCAGCAGAUCAAUGAAAGGAAGAGGAGGCUGGAGAACAUUGACAAGAUUGCCCAGUGGCAAGCUUCUGUUUUGGACUGGGAGGGAGAUGAUAUCUUGGACAGGAGCUCGGAGCUCAUCUACACCGGGGAGUUGUCAUGGAUCUAUCAGCCGUAUGGACGCAGCCAGCAGCGAGUCUUCUUCCUCUUUGAUCACCAGCUGGUCCUCUGCAAGAAGGACCUGAUACGCCGGGACAUCCUGUACUAUAAGGGCCGCAUUGACAUGGACCGCUACGAGGUGCGGGACGCGAUAGACGGGCGCGACGACGACUUCAACGUCAGUGUGAAGAACGCUUUCAAAUUGUGCAACAAAGACAGCGAGGAGAUCCACAUCUUCCUGGCUAAGAAGCCUGAGGAGAAGAUUCGCUGGCUCAGAGCCUUCCACGAGGAGAGGAAGAUGGUGCAGGAGGAUGAGAAAAUUGGUUUUGAGAUCUCUGAGUACCAGAAGCGGCAGGCGGCCAUGACAGUGAGAAAGGUGACCAAACAGAAAGGUGUAAACAGGUGCACACCCCCCUCAUACCCGCCCCCCCAGGACCCCCUCAGUGCGGGGCAGUAUGAGGUAUCGGAGGACAUGGCACAAGGAGAAGUUUUUGAAUUCAGUCAAUCCAAAAGAGGCCAGGCUCCUUUCUGGCAGAAUUUUAGUAGAUUAGCUCCAUUUAAGAAAUAGAGAUACACAGACUCUUCCGAAGGACCAGCUAUUUUUCUUAGAAGCACUAAACACUGGAUGAUCAUGUCCCAUGAUGAAGAAAAUUAUGAAAAACACACAUACAUUAAAGACUCUGAAGCAAAGGACCAAUGUUAGAACCAAGUGUGAUAUGGAGGAGCAAGAGGACUGAAGACUUGGAUUUAAAAAUAAAAAUUGAAGAAAAAAAUGAACUCACUUCAUAUAUGUUAGUAACCCUCUUAGUUAUCAUGCUUUUUCCAGCUGAGUCGACCUGUCAUGAACUCCUUCCCACAGAUUCUGCAUUAUCCACCCCAUCUGAAUGUCCUGGAGUUAUUGAGAUUAUUAUUCUGUAUGAUUUCAUUUUUAAUCCAUCAUCUGGAUAGAAACACAAGGCUGAGGCGAGUCAUUCCCUCAUGAUAUGCUUGUUGUCCGUAAACUGAGAUCUUGCUGUGCUGCUAUGUGAGAUUACUUGUUGCAUUCCUGUGAAUGUGAGAUUGAAUGACGAUGGACCCUGGGACUUGUGAGGCUCCACUGUCGGCGCCACAUCUAUGUUAGAUCCACAGACCGGUGAGACCAUCUCUGAUGUCAUGCGUCUGGAUCCCCUCCUCUCUCUCUCAACUCUCCGUACUCCUUUCUCUGGCUGUCUGCAUAUUCAAUAGUCACCCUCUGACGCUCACAAGCAUCACACACCCUCUCUACAUCCCUCUCUUGUCCUCCAUAUCUCUCCACCCACCUGCUUAGCCUCUGUGAGUCAGAGGAUCUCAGAGGAAGAGCUUCACACUCUUGGAAGCUUGCCAUUGGCUGCGAUAAGAUGGGUCAAGGAACAAAUCAAUAGCUAGAACAUCAAUAGAAUAUUUACAUCCUUUCACCAACCACUUUUGACAGGGUAUUCAUAUCCGAUCACGCCAAGGGGGCUGUGGGUUACGUUUGACAGCGAGCUCGCCGCUCAGAUGAAACAGCUGGGAGCAGGAGAUAGGCAGGCUACGGUUCACCUGCCUCGUGUCAGAUCCCCUUCCCCGACCCCCCCAGAGACCACCCCUGUAGCACUGUGCUGGCAGCUCACUGGGUGUUUGGUAAGAGCACGGCCUACCUCUGGAAAAAUCCACUGAGAGCUAGACAUGGAGUUGAUGCAUUGGCCAAGGUCUAAAUGAAUCUCUCCCCCCCCCCCCGUCAGCUGUGAAAAGAAAAUAAAGACUCCUUGAGUUGACUUGAUUAUUUUGUAUCGCUCACACUGUAAACUAAAAUAAAAAAAAGCACAGCACAUAUUCGGUGUUCAGCUAUGCCACAGUGUGACAACAUAGGAAAGCACCCUACCCAGCACAAAGGGGAAAUGGUCCACAAAAUGGCAGAAAUUCUAAAUGAACAAGACAAAGGUAUGAGUAGGUUGUGAGUCAGUGCCAAUAACACAGCGAGGCAGAAAGAUGAAUUGAAUCUGUAGCAUGCAGGUGUCCUCUUGACAGAUCCAUGCGUCUCUGAAGACUGCGGCUUCAAAACUUGGCACUCUUCCCCGCCACGUUGUUUUCCAGAUCUGAUCCAUGUCCUGGCUGCUGCAGCCCUGGCACUGUUAAGUGAUUUACAAAAGGACUGUGGCCGGAUCAGAUUGAUUUGUUUAAUCAACAAAAGUCCCUGCUGAGAGCGAGAGAUAGUUGCUGCACUCCAAAGUCCUUCAACUGGUGAGAAACUACCAAUUUAAACACGACGUUUGACGCGAAGGUGUUGCUCUUUUUUUCUACAGCUGGAAUGUAAGUGAUACAGGAUUUGUGAUCAUAUUUUAACCUCAGAUACAGAAGUACACUUUGUGUUGAAGUAUAUCACCUGAUGGACAGUACUUAUACAGUAUGACAACUUGUGCAAUGUGAUAUAUCAUUAUAUAUCUUCACUACUCACUACAACGUGAUAUAAAAAGAGUUAUAUAUCGUUCUAUGUCAUUUGUUUGCCUUCUUACAGGCCUUAUAACCUAUUGGAAAAAAAAGACCUUAGAUUUGCUUUGUAUGUUGUGUAACUUAUGUUUUGUUUCAGUAAAGAAAGUUGAGAAAUGGGUGAGUUGGCUGCUGGUGUCUGUAGAGAUGGCUCCCAGUGAGAUUGUUUUGGAAGAUAAUUCCCACAUCUGGCACAGCAAAAAGAUAUGGUUCCCAGGCCAUGAUAACCUCAGGUCCCGUGCUACGCCCACCAACCCCCCCCCCCCCAUUACCCACUCCCCUGCCUCCCAGCUCCACGCCGCCACCACUACCACCACCAACAUCCAGGCACACACACACACACACACACACACAUACAUACUCAUGCACGUACUCGCUGGCCCGUUCUGCUGCGGAGAAGAGAGAUGCUAUCUAACAGUGCCUUCCAGCAUUCCACUAGUGAUUAUCUAUUCAGUUUCACAGGCAGAUUUGAAUUAGUCAUGUAUUUUCCCUUCACAACGUGGGACUUGCAUCUCUCACUCUCACUUUUCUCUCUCUCUCUCUCUCUCUCCCUCCCUCAUACAAACUGGGAAUCCCUCAUUCCUCAGUACACGAGAUCCACUCGGACACAAACGUAGAGGUCAGGCCUUUUCAUAUGAGUAGAUACUGUGCCGUCUGACCGAAAACACUUUAAAACAACACCUUAUUAUAUCACGUCACACUUACAUAGCGGUCAUUUUAUUGCACAAAAAAGUAAGUUAACUCUUAUUUCAGAUGUUUAGAAACUAUGUAGAAUUCCUUUUAUCUAUUUAACUUUAACUUUAAAAGAUGGUUUCAUUUCAAUAUAUAGUGGGAAACAGAUUAUAAUUAUUAAUAGUGAGUUAUGAAUUAGAAGAAGAAUCAUCUAUUUCACCUUUAUCAACUAAGCACUGUAAAUACUGUAAAAAGAACAGAUCAUAUAUUUGGAUAUUGGUAUUUUGCGUUGGAGACGAAUGUUGUUCCAGUUCUAGCGUGCGGUAGACCUCAGUACCAGGUAAAUGCAUGCUUGUGGCAUCCAAUAUUUUGCAUGAGACUUCAGACAACUCUUAACGGAUUGUUUAGUUUCAUUUUUCAUUUUAAGCCCACGCCACUCUCACUAAAGGAGUUCUUUUGUGUCCCGCUCACUGCUCACCACACGUCGUAGCUUCUGGUUUUAUUUAUUGUCGAGUCGAGUCGAGGAGGAACACGUGUCCUCGUACUGUUGUGAGUGAUGGAAUGAAAGGCACUGAUGCUCUCUUUGCCCAGAUGUAAUGGGUACUCUUAACUGUAACCUUGUUUUAAAUCUCUUAUUAUUGUUUUUUGGGUUUUUUUUAUUUCCUUUUCAUUCACAUUAACGUACACUGUCAUCGUCCAAACUGCUGCUGUUGAUGUGUUUUUGUUUUUAAUGCCAUUAACUGCUGAGGCAAAAAAAACGGGUAUAAUUUUUCUAUGACAACAGAGAACCAAAUAGGAGUUAGUAGCAAUCAUGGGUGUUUGUGUACAGAUUUGUAGUCAAGUAGAAGAACCGAAUAAAUGCAACUUCUUGGGAUUGGGACAAACUAAAAAUCAAUAUAAUCCUGACGACACACACACACACACACACACACAUACAUAGUGCUGCAUUGCAGUUCAUGUCAUGCUUUUGUUUCAAAUGACAAAUUCUCCUUUGGAGUUCAAUGACUUGACCGGGCAAAUUAAUUCCUUGCUUGUAUUUUUUGAAUGCAGUAUUAAAUAGUACUAUUUUGGCCACAUGGUUAAAAGGAUGUAUAUAUUGGUUUUAUUUUUCAUAUAUAUAUAUAUAGAUAUAGGUAUAGAUAUAUAAUUAUAAGUCCGACCUUGUACUGCCAAUGUGCAGUUGAUUUUUUUUCUCUUUUCAGUCAAAAAAACCAAGACAGGAACAGAAGUUUGCUCAGAUUUCUGUACUUUCUUUAAUCCGGGGUGUGCACAAGCCAGUAAACGCGUUCACUCACAUUUAGCAUAGCCACAUCUCCAGUAGGAACUCCUCGCAGUUGGAUAUGCAGUCCAGAGUUUGGGUUUCAGAUUAGUCAGGGUGCAACGAAAAGUCAUCAAUGAGCCACAUGUAUUAGUGUGGUAUUGAGUGACAACAAGGUAAAUAGAAGACUGAUGUCCCACUUUUGAAAUGGAAGUCAUUGUAUAAUAGCAUCUAGUUCUGGAUUUUUGCCUAUCACAGAAAAACGUACUCACAGUGUCAUUAAUUCCUUUGUCACCAUAUACAAACAUUUGUCAUUUCCUUUCUUGCUGGCAUUUUGAUUUGAUUAUUUGUUGUAGAAAUGAAAAACCUUAAAAAUAAUGCCUAUUCAAUCCAGAAACUGUGAAUGGGAGAGUGGAGAUGUCAGCUGUAUGUACAUUAUAUGUUUUGAUGUAAUCAGAAGCACUGGGAAUAUGUUGUACUUCGCUGUAAAAAUAAAUCCAUAUCUGAUAUAGCUGUACUUUUGUUGAAAAUAAAUUCUCUGCAGAACUGCG